UAUCACAUUCUUCUCAGUAUCUAUCCAUUAUUAUUAUUGUUGUUGUUGUUGUUAUUGUUGAGAGAAAUCGGUUGGUUGGAUUUUGACUUGAUGUCACUUUUAUCGUCGUAUGUGGAUAAAACAGUUUCUGUAGUUACCAACGAUGGAAGAAUAUUAAUAGGAAUUUUGAAAGGCUUUGAUCAAUCGUGUAACGUGAUAUUAGAAAGCACCGUUGAACGAAUAUUUGGAACAGAUGUCGCCAUGCAGGAAGUGGCAGUAGGAUUGUAUGUAUUAAGAGGCGACGAUAUUGCUAUCCUUGGUGAACUCGAUGCAGAGAAAGAAUCAGAGACGGACUUUCAACAAAUACAGGCCGCCCCACUUCGUCCUGUUGUACAUUGAUGAGUUUGUUAAGUGGAAUUCAUGAGUAUUACUCUUUUAUUGGAGUAGGAAAGUUGGACCAUCAGACUAGCUGUUGUCUUGUCAAAGUGUUCAGUUUUCAGCUCACGUAGCACUCAAAUUGUACAAUCGCAACCAUAUAGACGUGUUUUUUAGCGCAGAUAGAAAGUUUUGCAAAUAUUUACAUAUGAACAGUCUGUUUGCUUCGAUUCUCAGUUAUUUUUAGCAAUUACAAUAGAUAAACGUUACUAGGAAACCAGACCUACAAUAAACUAACUAGUAAAGGUUCUUCUGGUAAUAUCUAUACAGAAUGGUGUGUAACAA